AUGUCGUCUCGAAAAAAGAAAGACUACAUGAAGGUGAGUUUUUGACAUAUGUCUCUAUGACUAAGUAUUCUAGCGUGUAGUUGACAUGUUCUGAAUGCAACUUCCAAAUUGUUUAUUUUUUUUUUCUUCAACAAAAUAACAAAACUUACUGAGUGGACGUCGAUCAAAAAUGACGUUACCUUUUAUUGUACAGGUCCUGGGACUAAUUGUCUCUAAACUACUGAGAGACCCAUCUGUUCAAAAAGUCGUCCUUGACUUUGAAAAAGCUAUGUGGUCCGCGACAAGAGAUGUUCUGUCCGGAGUCCAGAUAACCGGGUGCGCUUUUCAUUGGAGGCAAUGUGAUUGACGAAUAAGGGGUUAAGUUUCUAAAGAAACUGUGGUGCCUAUUCAUAUCCAAAACGAAACAGAAUCUAGACGGAAAAUACAUUACCAAGGUGUAAAUUGUCUUAUCAAAACCGGUAAAUACGAUUUUUUUGUUUAGGUUCAAGACAUUGAUCUCGGUGUGCCGUACAGCAGUGAUGACUGUAUCUACCAUUACAUCGCGGCCCUUAUGGUUCUGCCGUACCUGCCGCACCAGGAAAUUUCAGGAAUUUUCCAAAGACUGAACUCCGUGCGACCACCCAAGCCCUUCAAGACCUAG